GUGGACUUCACUGAAAUGGAAAAGAAGGUGGACACUACUGCUCGGGCAGUGCUGGACAUCAUGACCAAGACCACUGAGUAUCUGCAGCCAAACCCAGCCACCAGAGCCAAGAUGAGCAUGAUGAACUCCAUGUCACGUAUCCGGGGCCAGGAGAAGGGACCAGGCUACACACAGACCGAGACCAUCCUGGGAGAGUCCAUGCAGAGGUUCGGCAGGGAGCUCGGAGAGGAGUCCACCUUUGGCCUUGCUCUGAUUGAUGCUGGGGAAGCCAUGCGUGAGCUUGGAGAGGUUAAGGACGCUCUGGACAUGGAGGUCAAGCAGAACUUCAUUGAUCCACUGCAGAACCUCCAUGAAAAAGAUCUCAAGGAGAUUCAACAUCACCUGAAGAAACUGGAGGGUCGCCGUCUGGACUUUGAUUAUAAGAAGAAACGUCAGGGCAAAGUGACAGACGACGAGAUCAAACAAGCACUUGAGAAGUUCGACGACUCCAAGGAGAUUGCUGAGCAGAGCAUGUUCAACCUGCUGGAGAGUGAUAUUGAACAGGUGAGCCAGCUCGCCGCGUUGGUCCACGCUCAGGUAGAGUACCACAGCCGGGCUGCUGAGAUCCUCACACAGCUCUCCAGUAAGAUCGACGAACGGAUAAGGGACAUUUCUAACAAACAGAGGAAGGAGUACAUGCCUAAACCACGCACUCUCUCUUCUAACUCUGCUCUUCUUCUCUUAUAUGUCCAACCGUCUUUCUUUUCUCCAGCCCCUAUGGACCAGCCCUGCUGCCGUGCACUGUACGAUUUUGACCCUGAGAACGAAGGUGAGCUAGGCUUCAAGGAAGGUGACAUCAUCACCCUGACCAAUAAGAUCGAUGAAAACUGGUACGAGGGGAUGCUGCACGGCAACUCUGGCUUCUUCCCCAUCAACUACGUGGAUAUCCUGGUGCCGCUGCCCCACUAG